AUGGUGUCUCCUCAAGUAACUAACCUGGCGAUCAUCGUCGUGAUGAUGCAGGUGGCCAAGAAGGUGCCAUUCGACGACCCUGAUGUUCUGCUCCUCGUCCGUGGCCUCUAUAUCCUGUCGAACGUGAUCAUUCUCAGCUUGUAUCUCUACACGCAAGCUCAAAUUAACAAGAAGAAUGAUCUCACGACAUUGAAGUACGUCGAGCCUGCUCCGCUCGGAAGCGGCGAGGAGCCCCGUCCUGUUACGACCACCAACAUGGAUUACGACAAGGGCCAGUUCCGCCAGCUCAUCAAGAGCCAGUUCAUGGGUGUUGGCAUGAUGGCUGUGAUGCACUUGUACUUCAAGUACACCAACCCUCUCCUGAUUCAGUCGAUCAUCCCCCUCAAGGGUGCCUUUGAAUCGAACCUGGUCAAGAUUCACGUCUUUGGAAAGCCCGCCACUGGCGACCUCCAGCGCCCCUUCAAGGCUGCCAACAGCUUCCUUAGCCAGGGCCAGCCCAAGACCGACAAGGCCUCUCUCGAGAACGCGGAGAAGAACUGGAGGGGUGGUGUCAAGGAGGAGUAA